AUGGCGACUACACCGCCGAACACCUUGUCGCCCCUUGCCCGGGCUUUGUCCCACCAUAAACUGGACGGGCUCGAAUCCAACGAGGUGGUCUCACCUCGAAUUUCCCAGGUUCAUCCGUGCCGAAGGAGACAGCUAACGAGCUGCGGGUCGCUCGAGGCAUCCGACCUGCCCAGCUCACCGAGCGGAGACGAAGCAAGCGUCUUGGUUAUCAACACUGGAGGCACCAUUGGGAUGACGCUUCUGGACAAUGUUCUCGCACCAAAAGCAAACGCUUUUGUGGAGAUUUUGCGCAAGUUGCCCAUCCUCCAUGAUGAAAUGUAUGCACAGCAGACCAACAUGUAUGACUACUACGGAUCCAACUGCACCUUAGUCCUACCGAUGCCCACCACUCAUUCUGAGCCACAGUUCUACAGGUUGAGCAAAAACAAGAAGAGGAUCAUCUACACUGUUUUUGAGUACAGUCCUUUGCUGGACUCUGCGAAUAUGACUCCAGAUGACUGGGGAAGAAUUGGAAAGGACAUCGAGAAAAACUAUGAAAGCUAUGACGGCUUCGUGAUCCUUCACGGCACAGACACGAUGGCCUACACUGCCUCCGCAUUGUCCUUUAUGUGCGAACAUUUGGGGAAGCCCAUCGUCCUCACCGGUUCACAAGUGCCUAUCUAUGAGAUGAGGAAUGAUGGCAGAGACAACCUGCUGGGGGCGCUGUUGAUUGCUGGCCAGUUUGUCAUCCCAGAGGUGUGCUUAUAUUUCUACAACAAGCUCUACAGAGGAAAUCGUGUGACCAAAGUGGAUGCUGGGAGUUUUAACGCAUUCUCAUCACCUAAUUUGGCGCCUCUAGCCACUGCGGAGGUUGAUAUUGCAAUUAACUGGGACACUGUGUGGAGGGCAAAUACCACAGUGAAGUUUCAAGUAUCCACUGAGCUCAACAGGAAUGUCGGCCUGCUAAGGCUCUUCCCGGGGAUAACUGCUGCUACUGUGAGGGCAUUCCUUCAGCCACCAAUGGAGGGAGUGGUUCUAGAGACGUACGGCAGUGGAAACGGCCCAGAUAACCGCCCUGACCUGUUGGAGGAGUUUAGGAAGGCCACCGACUCUGGCGUCACCAUCAUUAACUGCACACAGUGUCUGAGGGGGACAGUGUCUACAUCUUACGCUACUGGCAAGGUAUUGACAGAUGCUGGCUUGGUAGCUGGGGGUGACAUGACUCCAGAGGCUGCCCUGUCAAAGCUAUCCUAUGUGUUAGCAAAGAGACAUCUAGAUAUGGAAGCCAAAAAAAAGAUGAUGAGCCAGAACCUGCGAGGUGAGAUGACUGCUGACUUGGCCGGAGCUAAGUUUACUCUGAGUGACAGUCGAUUCAUCCAAGUUGUUGCCAAGUCUUUGAGCAUUAGCUGCAAAGAGGAGCUGGAGGCCAUCCGUGAUGCUCUGACACCCUCGCUGGCAUGUGCAGCCAGUAAGAUUGGUGACAUCGAGACUUUAGAAACCCUAAAAGAAAUGGGUAGUAAUUUGUGUCUGGGCGACUACGAUGGACGGACUCCGCUGCACAUCGCUGCCUGCGAGGGAAACCUUAAAACGGUGCAAUACCUGCUGACGGUCGGCGCCACGGUAUAUGCAAAAGAUCGCAAUGGUGACACUCCUCUGCGCAACGCUGUGCGCUUCAGGCACAAGGAUGUCGUCAAGCUCCUGAGGAAGACUGGAGCCCACUUUUCCCGAGAUGAGUUGGAAGAGGCAGGAACAGAACUGUGCAGCCUGGUGGUCAGCGGCGACCUGGAAGGCCUGGAAAUAUGGAGCCUUGCUGGAGCUGAUCUGAAUAAACCAGGCUACGAUGGGCAGACAGCAAUCGACUUGGCCACGACUGUCGGUAAACCGGAAAUGAUGAACUUCGUACUACGAAUCCUCAGCAAAAAAAUGAAGGUUAAUCCUACAGAAUUGAAUGAAUAUGAUGAAUUUGACGAGGAGAACGGGGGAGUUAUCGACUUCACUGCCGCUCCCGCGGAAUCCUAA